CGAGAGAAACAGCUUCCAUUGAAGCCCACAUGCUCUUGGUGCCAAAGAGAGGAAUUUGAUGCAAAGAACUUGGAAAUGUUGGUCCUGCCACUUUGAGACUUCCGGGGUUUCCCCAACGCUGGUCCGAGUUAUUUAAACUCCCACAGAACGACCAAACCACCUCCUACUUUGAUCAUUCAACAAUUGCACGGCACUCAGAAUUCUGGCCCCCGAGAGUUUGUCCGAAACCAUGCCACACGCAUCCAACAUGGGUAAAAGUCCCAACGACCCCCGUUACCCCAACGGGUGGCAUAUGGACGACAGGAUGCCCCAUCAUGACUCCUUUCAGAAUCUGUGGAAGACCAAAUGGAAAGACCCGUGCUCCAAGGGGAUCUACCCCUUCAUGUUCGGCUCCAUCGAGGACUUCCAGCCCAUCGCCGAGCACAUCAUCGCCAAAGGCUUGAAAGAGCCGUACGACUGGGAUGAGUAUGCCAGCUGCUUCUUCGGAACAGCCGAGCAGCUCGGCCAGACAGCAGCCGUUGCUCAGCAGGAAGGGGACACCGACAAAGCUCGCGACUAUUACCUCCGAGCCUCCGCAGUCUACCGCAUCGCCCGCUUCCCCGCCCCCCGCUCCCCGCUCCAGAAACAAGCCUGGCAAAAAGGCAAAGAGAUGUUCUACGCCGGCGCCGCCCUAAUGGAGCAUCCCAUCCACGAGGUUCUGAUCCCUCACACCCACGCAGUAAACGACGCAGUAGCAACCUCAGGUGAAGAACAUAAAGGCUCCUUCAUCCCCGUCAACCUCCUCGUUCCCCCCACUGCCACCCCGUCCUCCCCCUGCCCCUUAGUCCUCAUCAUGACCGGCCUAGACGGCUACCGCACCGAGCUGGCCGUCUGGCAGCGCGGCUGGCUGGAUAAAGGCGUGGCUACACUGGUCGUUGAGAUCCCCGGCACGGGGGACUCGCCUGCGCUGGCGGGGGAUCCGGAAAGUGGCGAUCGGCAGUGGUCUUCUGUUUUGGACUGGGUGGCGAGGAAAGAGAAGAGAAUCGAUAGUCGGAAGAUCGUCGUCUGGGGCUUUUCCACGGGCGGGUACUACGCUUUGCGCGCGGCGCACACGCACCACGAUCGGCUUCUGGGCAGCGUCAGUCUGGGAGGCGGGUGUCAUGGCAUGUUUGACGGGGCGUGGCUGGAUAAGGUGAAUAACCUGGAGUAUCCGUUUGACUUGGCGGAUACGUUGGCGUACAAGUUUGGGUAUGGGACCUCUAGCGAUGGGGUGGAGAAGUUCAAGAAGGAAGGGCAGAAGAAGUUCUCGCUUUUGCUGGAUGGGACGCUGAUGAGGGAGGAGUGUUGUAGAUGUUUGCUGGUUAAUGGGGAGUGGGAUCGGAUUUUUCCUGUUGAGGAUCUUACGCUGGCGCUGAAAUGGGGAAGGCCGAAGGAGGCGAGGAUCGUGACUGAGAAGUGGCAUAUGGGCGAGCCGGAGAGUUUUGUGGUUAUUCUGAGGUGGAUUCAUGAGUUGCUUGGGUUGGAUGGGGAUUGGAUGCAUCAACUUAAGUUGUUGCCGGCUAAGGCGAAGUGAAUACCUGACUGCAAGGACUCGAGGUAUUCGGGAUGCAGGUUGGGGGGUCAAAGGUGUUGAACAAUCACGUUUGUCUUCAAGUCAAUCCCGUCCUUGAGCUUCGAAUAAAAGGGAGCCCUGUGCUAGAC